GAUACCAAACACCGAAAGUUCAUCCACCAUGUCGACCAUCACAAGAACCCUCGCCAACUUAUGGCGAGUGGGAAUUAAGGAUUAUUUCCACCAACUUCAAUACAUCGGCGACACGAAAGCUGGUACCUUAGUUGGUGUCGACCGUUUCGGCAACAAAUAUUUCCAGAACGACGAAGAAUUACCUCUUCGAACAAGAUGGAUCGACUAUAAGAACCCCGACUUCGACGCAAGUCAGAUUGAGCCCGGUUGGCACGCCUGGAUGUCUUACACCGUCGACAAACCCCCUUCACAAGACGCUUCACUCAGAUACCAGAGGCGAGUAUGGGAAGAUACCGACGCGAAGACUAUCCCUAACUAUACUGCCACCUGGGGGGCCUACAAACCAUACAGCACAUCCAAGUCAAAGAUUACAAUGUGGGAGCCUACCGCUGUUGAGAGAAAAUAGGUGCUCGAGAAAUGAGCCAUGUACAUAUCUAAUAGUCAUAAUGGCUAGGAAGACCCAGGACGAAACCAAUGAUAACCAUAUUUCCAUUCACGUCGUUUCCUAUGCUCCGUUUGUGCUUUCAUCUAACAUAAAGAGAUAAAUAGAGCCGAUACUUUGACGCAUGGCAAUAGCCUAUGGAAAUAAGAGCUUACAAUAUACAAGGAGCAUGCUUUGGGGUUACGAUUCCACAUUCGGGAUCGAGCAGUCGAGCUACCUCGAACCUUUCGAACUAGUCCCGGUCACAGCAGUGUGGAUUUAAAUCUAGAUAUUUGCAUCCUGAUUAUGCGAUAUUUCUUCGCGAAUGAGGCUGGUGACCCCACCCUAUACUC